AUGUUAUUACGAUCACCAUUUCGAUUAAAUUUUUCUUCUCAAUUAUGGAGUGUCUUACGCCGCACCAUGUUUAUUCAAUCACAAGAAACUCCAAAUCCAAAUAGUCUUAAAUUUCUGCCUGGGCGUCCAGUACUUGAUUCAGGUGUUGGUACGCGAGAUUUUCCUACUAUUCAAACAGCAUAUUGCUCCCCACUAGCAAAGCAAUUAUUUCGUGUCGAAGGUAUUAAAUCUGUAUUUUUGGGUUCUGAUUUUAUAACAGUAACAAAACAACACGAUGAUAUUCAAUGGCAAGUACUUAAACCAGAGAUUUAUGCUGCCAUUAUGGAUUUUUUCUCAACAAAUUUGCCUGUUGUCGAUGACAAUACUGAACCACCAACAAGUAGUGUUUCACCUGAGGAUGAUGACACAACAGCUAUGAUUAAGGAACUGCUUGAUUCAAGAAUACGACCAACAGUUCAAGAAGAUGGAGGUGAUGUUACCUUCGUGUCGUUCUCUAAUGGUAUUGUUAAAUUAAAAUUACAAGGUGCCUGUACUUCAUGUCCAAGUUCGAUGAUUACAUUAAAAAGUGGCAUUCAAAAUAUGUUACAAUUUUAUGUACCGGAAGUUACAGCUGUUGAACAAGCCGAAGAUGAAGUAGAUAAAAAAGCAAAAAAAGAAUUCGAAGAAUUCGAAGAAAAACUUGAACAUGAAAAAGAAGAAGAAGCUGAAGCGAAGCCUUCAUCCAAUAAAUGA